AAAAAACUGAAACCGGAAGCACUUCCUAUGUUGCCUGUUAACCAUGGAGCGGCCUGCAGAAACCACUUGGAGGCCACCCCGAGCUUGUGAAGAUUACUUGAGUGAGUUCAGGCACUGCAAAAGUUUCAGGAAUCGUUUUCACCACUUCUACGCCUACGGCACCGCCCUGUCCUGCCAGCAGUGGAAAGUGGACUACCAAAACUGCAGGGAAUGGGAAAGUCACAGACUCGGAGAGGCUAAGGAUGCUCUACAGAAAAGUGAAAGAAUGCGAUUGGCAGAGCAAGGAAAUUUCACCCCAGUGUGGAAACUAAGGCAAGAGCCUCCUAGUGACUGGCACAGACCUCUGGACCAGGAAGACCAACAGAACUGAUUGGACAUGCCUACAAUAUGAACUAAUGAAAUCUGAUGUAGAUAAUACGUAGAAUGCUGCUACAUCUAAAAUGAUCUAUGAUGUUGAAUUGAUUUUUGUACAGAACACAUUUAUGGAAAGUUUGUUAAACAUGGUAGUACAGAAGAACUGAUUUAAAUUUAGCUUCAUGUAUUACCCCUAAUUUAAGGAGGUAUUUAAAAUUGAAGUCGUGUGCUCUGCUUUAUUUAAGGGUAAAUUCUAAAGCUGCACUUGAAUUAAAACUUUGUAUUACUGGGGAUCAGUCUAAGGUUAUUUGACCUGCCUUGAUAUCCUAAUGUUUAUGGUAAAAUUAUGCACUGUGGGGCCAGGAUAAUUACAGGGUUUAUGCAGAACUACAGCUAAAUAGCUUUUAUCAGUAAUGAGUACAAAAAAAUACACCCUCAGAAAUAAAACCCAUUAAAUUGAAGGGACAGAAAGUCUAAAAGUCUAUUG